AUGUCUCCGUAUCUUGCCAACGACUUCUUUUGGGUUGACUUUGCCUCGACGUCGACGGUGCUAAGCAACACACUCAACCUGCAGCUAUCGCUCACGUCUGCGUCGCCGCUCGACCUUUUGGCGACGUCGUCUCGUCUCUCGACGCACGACAGUGUCGGCGUCAGCUACGCCUACCCGCGCCUCCUCAUGUACCAAGAGCUCACGACGCUCGAGAGUGCGGUCGCCGGCUUACGCCACCUCGACACGGUCAAUGUUGUCUACAUGCUCGCGCAAUACUGCUAUGUCGACUGGGACCGGCGCUGGGCCAUGGCAUCAACGCUUGCUCGACAAGUUCGGUGCCGGGAUCGGUACGCAUCGAAUGGCGCCGUCUACCUCGAGUCGGUGCUGCGCAACAUUGAGUUUCAAGCGUGGAAUGCGUCCACCCAAGGCUUGUUCAUGCAACGGAUCGGGAACGGCAUCGCCGAGUUCGCGGACGGCCCCGCCUUUCUCGCGUACGUGGCGUCGCACCAGAUGCUGGAUGUGCACGACGAAGUCCGAGUCUGGUCGAACGCAGGCCUUUCGUCUUUUGUGCUGCAGUACGCCAACCA